AUUGAGGGCUAACCCACUUGAGGAAGGAUUGGUGUCUGCAGAGCACACACAUGCUCAGAAAAUACCUGCCUCACACAGCAGACCCUGGUAGCUGGAUAGAGUGAGAUGGCUUUCAGAUGGUCUUGUGAAGGCUUCCCUGGGGCAGAGAACUACUUUGCUGUCAGGAAAAAAGAGAGCUCUCAGGGUAGAGCAGAGCAGGCUCAUUUCCUUCUCCUAGCCCCAUGAGUCAGGUGGAAACGUCUGUGGCAGGUGGUGCCUUUGCCCGAGUUCUUAUCCUGCAUCCAGGAAGAAUGAGGUAUGGAGACAAGCGGAAGGGGAGCAAGAUGAAGAGAAGCUUUAUUGAGUGUUCUAACAGCUCAGAGGAGACCCGCAGGGGGCAGCUCCUGAAGGAGGGGCCUUACCAGGGACCAACCCCCUUCGGCACAGGAAUCUUUCUGCCUCCUGCAGCCAUUCAUGGCCCAAGGGCUGGGCCCCAUCCCAGCUUUGAGAUCCCAGCGGGUGCCAGGAGAGGAGAGAGACCGGGCAGCGGGAUCAGAUCCCCCGGAGCCUGCAGAGACAUGGGGGCCUUCCCACCCGCCAGGGGGCAGGCAGCAGAGAUGCACGGGUCUGGCCGCUGCAGCUGCACCCAGGGAGCUCCAGCCCCAUCAACUCGGAAGGGGCGGGGCUCCUGCUUGUUCCUGGCCCCUGCCUGCUCGUGGAGCGAGAGGGCCAGGUCCGCAGCAGCGGGUUGGGUGGCUGCAACUGCACCAGGGAGGGCAGAUUCUGCCUGUUCCCAGCCCCUUCCAAGAGCACAGGAAGGCUCGGAUCCACAGCUGCAGUUUUGGCUGAUGUAGCCCCGCUACGUAUUGCAGGAGGGUGGGGCUCCUGCCUGUUACGUGAAGCAGGGGGCCUGGAUCUGCUGCCGAGGUUUGAGGUUUGGGCGGCUGCAGUGGCACCCGGGAAGUUUCUGCCCCAAAUCAGAAGGAGUGGGGCUCCCACUGACUCCACAGAGUGUGCAGCCCCAGCCCUCCUCUCUGCUGCAGCCGGGGUAAUGGCAGCAGCUGUUGCCAUCAACUGCAUUUGGAAAUAGAACCUUAAAAGAGGUACUUAAGUUAAAAUGUGGUUUUAGGGUGGGUUCUAACUCAAUACUACUGUGCCCUUAUAAAAAGAGGAGAUUAGGACACAGUCAACAAAGAGGAUGACCAUGUGAGGACACAGCAAAAAGGCGACCGCCUGGGAGCCAAGGAGAGAGGCCUCAGAAGAAACAAAACCUGCCAACCCCUUGAACUCAGACUCCCAGCCUCCAAAAUUGUGAGAAAAUUCUUCUGUUGUUUAAACCAUCCAGUCUGUAGCAUUUUGCUAUGGCAGCCGUAGAAAACUCAUAAAAAGGGUAACAGCAAGAGUCUAUUUGUCAAGGUAAGGUGAAAGUUUGGAAAGGACAUAGAGCUUGUUUCUUUCUUAUUUUUUUUUUUUUUCCUUUAGGCAUUCAGGGCUUGAUAAGGCAAACUUUGCUCUUUAAAAUAUCAACAUGUCUUUCAAGGUUCCCACUGAAAAGGUUACUUCAUAUUGUUCAUUUUUGCCCAUAAUUUUUACUCACUUCAGAAAAUAGGCUUUUUAGGAGUCUAGCAUUUGCAUUUAACUCUCUGAACAGGACUUAAAGAGUGUAACCAAAAGACAGAAAAAGAUUACUCAGUAUGGAACUAGCCAAGCAAAAAAAUAGUUGGGGGAGUAGGGUGGAGGAUGAAUGCACAGCGAGGGGGUUGAGUCAGCUCCUGUGUUUCCAUGGAGAGGAGUUAAGCUUCUCCAGAAGUGUAGUGAAGGCCCCUAGUGAUCCAUAAAGGUCCUGUAGCUGGCUGCACAGGGGUGGCCAAGGACCAGGGUGUGACUCACGGGCGGCAUCUUGCUGAAUAGCAUUUUUUCACUUGUAUUGGUAAUCCAAAAAGCACUUGCCAAUUGACAUACUUUAGGCUAAACAAGAGGCAGAGGUUGUUCUCAGAACUUUUAAAAAUUAUUAUAUUAUUUCUUAAAUUUGAAUUUGUUUCCUGUUUUUCUGUGUAAGGUAUAAGCUCCAUCUC